AUGCACGACCUGUCAGACUCCCCCGUGGCAAUGGUGUCCAUGGUCACAACGUUCAUGCCCUGGCCAAGGACGAACCGCGUGAGCCGCUCCAACCCUGGUGCAUGGCUCGUCCUCCGCCUGGCCGGCGACAGUGCUUGGGAGCCCAUGGGCUCGCCUCAAGUGAUGGCGCGAGCGCAACGUCGUAGAAAAGUAUUUACAAAUGCACCUACAAUUUUCUCCUUCCCGGAAUACGUUUGCUCGGCCCCUCUCUUGACGCUUCGCCGCCGACCAUGGAGAUGGAACCGCCCGGCGGCUCCCGUUGCCAAGAAGAGGAGGACGGGUUCACCUGAGAGCCUGGGACCGGAGGAAUUCUCAGCCCUGUUCCCGCGCGCGGCGCACCCACCGCAGCCGCCGCGGGACGCGCCCUACCCCAAACCUACAAGUGAAUCCGAAGAAUCCCACGGCCAAGAACCACCGCACGGUGCCGGAGGAGAAGCGGAGGAACUUGUCGACCACAUCAGCCGCCUCCCAAACGCCGUCCUCGGCGAGAUCAUCUCCCUCCUCCCCACCAAGGACGCCGCCCGCGCCCAAACCCUCGCCUCCCGGUGGCGCCGACUCUGGCUCUGCGCCCCGCUCAACCUCGACUGCAGCGGCCUCCCGGCCGACGAUGAGGUUCUCGCCGGCCUCAUCUCUGGGAUCCUCGAGGCGCACCCCCCCCCCCCCGCCUCUCCGCGCCCGUGCUCCACCUCCACCGCUGCCCCGUGGCGGUCGACGUUUGGCUCCGGUCCCCGGCUCUGGAUAGCCUCCAGGAGCUCGAAUUCGACGUUGGUGAAUUGCUCUACGCGCGGACGCCAGAGGUGUCGCUGCCGGCCUCCGCCUUCCGGUUCUCGGCCACCCUCCGUGUUGUCACCAUCAGCAAAUGCCGCCUCCCGGACGGCGCGAUGGAAGCGCUUCUCUUUCCCCAGCUCCGGCAACUCGGGCUUGAAAGAGUUGAGAUCUCGGAGGGGUCACUGCACAGCUUCAUAGCUAACUGCCCUGUCCUGUAGUGCUUGCUGCUCAACGGCAGCUAUGGCUUCCGUUCCAUACGGAUCAACUCCCCUAGCCGUGUAAGCAUUGGCUUGUACGUCUAUUCAGAGGAACUCAAUCAACUCAUCAUUGAGGAUGCCCCUUCGCUUGAAAGGUUGCUCCAAUUUGAGUAUUGUAUUGCCACAUGUAUCGGUGAUUUCGGCACCCAAACUGGAGACCUUGGACUACCUUUAUAAUCGUGAUUACAACUCCAAA